UUCAUCCAUCUCCCGGAUUCUCACAACUCGCCUCGACGCAACUCAACUUCCACUUCAUCUCAGCCCUCGAAUCCAAACUCCAGAGUAAACCAGUUUGGUCUAAGUACCUUCUUACGUUCCCUUCUUCUUCGACCACUAUCGAUUUAGUCUAUGAACCCGUUUCUUAGUCAAGCAGCUGCUAUAACUCUGCAACGGAGAUAAGACGAGAGAACCGCCUGUCGACGACUCGUCUGUCACGAUCAUCUCAAAUCAUCAUAUGAUGUCCAGUCGACCAUUCGGAUGGCUACUCGAUACACUAUAGUCACCAAGCAGGAAACACCAGCUCGUCAUCCCAAUAAGCGAGCCACAGCCACAGCCACAGCCACAGUCACAUUCGUUCGGACGCAUCGUCAACCAUGGAAUCAUCAUCGCAAUCUCGAAAGAAUGCCGCUCGCCGUUCUCAUCGGAAGGUACGGACGGGUUGCAAGAUGUGUAAAACACGGAAGAUUAAAUGCGACGAGACCAUGCCCCAAUGCCAAAACUGCGUCCGCUACGGCGCCAAAUGCGAUAUAACCGAGCGCGUCUCCUCCCUCCCCCACCACCGUCAAACCCCCGACGCGUCCGCCCACGACUCGGACUCCGCCUUCUCCUUCAACUCCCCCCCCGCCGCCCCCUCCGGCGGGCCCCAUGCCGGCCCCCCGUCCCUCAACAUGCUCGACCUCGAGCUCCUCUACCACUGGAGCACCACCACCAGCCGCACCAUCACCGAGGACCCGUUCAUCCAGGAGUUCUGGCGCUCCAACGCCGUCCAGCUCGCCCUCCGCCGCGACCACGUCAUGCGCGGCAUCCUCGCCCUCUCCGCCCUCCACCUGGCCCAGCUGUGCCCCUCCCGCGAAGCCGAGUUCUUGCAUCGCUCCGUCGUUCACCACGAGGGUGCCGCCCGUCGUGCCAUGACGCUGAUGCCCCUCGUCGAGUCGACCCAGGACCAGGAGCUCGCCGACAGCCUCUUUGUCUUUUCCGUCCUCACCAUGUACUACGGUCAGUCCCCUGUCUCUCCUCUUCUCUCAUCUUCUCUCCUUCCCCAACUAAACACCCCAAAAGCCAUCGCCAACUCCGAAGACCCCAGCGGCCCCAUCCUCCUCGUCGGGACAGGCGACACCGCCCAAGACUGGAUGGUCCUCUUCAAAGGCGUAAGCCACCUCGCCACCAUCACCAAAGUCGGCCGCGACCCCAACAACAUCCUCUACCCCUUCAUCAACAACGCCCGCAAGCGCAGCCGCGCCCUGCAGGCCCCGAAGCCUCACCCCUACCUCGACCUCCUCCGCGCCCGCCUCGCCGCCACCCCACUCCACCCCCGCCUGCGCGCCAUCUACGACCACACCGUCGACCAGCUCCACAAGCAGUUCUCCGCCUUCUACCUCGCCCCCGCCCCGUCGUCGCCUCCUUCCUCCCCUGCUUUGACCCCCGCCCCGCGCCCGGCCUUGACCGCCACCGCCGACCGCCGCCAGAACGGGGACGGGGGCGGGGGCGGGGUCGGGGUCGGGGGCGGGGGCUCCCUCGACCGCGACAUCCUCGACAUCUUCAUCUGGGUCUCCUCCGUCUCGGACAACUUCAUGCCCCUGCUCCGCCACGCCCCGUCCCAGGAGACGCUUGCCAUUUUCAGCUACUUUUGCAUGCUGCCCAAGCGUCUGCCGCGCCGGUGGUGGUUGAAUCGCUGGGCGGACAGUCUGAAGAUUCGCACCUACGAACUGCUGGAUACCGAGCACCGCACCUGGGUCGUCGAGCCUACGACUUGGGCUGACGCCAAUAAGAGGAACAAGGCGAGCCGGUCUGCUGAGAGUGGGAUCGCGACUUGAAUCUCUUUCGUAUAGACGUUUACUUACUCUAUCUUUCCAUUGUUAGCAUGGGUGCACAGGCGCUUUAGACACGACUUUACGGUAUGGAAA